CAUUGCCUGAAGCCGUCGGACCGCGGCGCGGACUGGAGCCAUGGCGGAGGGAGGUCGGAGGUUUCAGGCCCGGGCACUCCUGCAGCAGUGCCUGCACGCUCGGCUGCAAGUUCGCCCAGCUGAGGGGGACGCCACGGCCCAGUGGGUGGAGAUUCAGAAAGGAUUAGUGAUCUACGUGUGCUUUUUCAAGGGAGCUGAUAAAGAACUUCUUCCCAAAAUGGUUAAUACACUGUUAAAUGUGAAAUUAAGCGAGACAGAAAAUGGCAAGCACGUCUCUAUAUUGGAUCUGCCUGGCGACAUCCUUAUCAUCCCUCAAGCCACCCUUGGUGGAAGAGUAAAAGGAAGAAACAUGCAGUAUCACUCUAACUCUGGAAAAGAAGAAGGAUUAGAACUUUAUUCUCAAUUUGUGACUCUAUGUGAAAAAGAAAUAGCUGCUAACAGCAAGUGUGCUGAAGCUGGGGUUGUAGUAGAACAUGGCACUUAUGGGAACAGGCAGGUGUUAAACCUGGAUACCAAUGGACCAUAUACACACUUAAUUGAGUUUUAAAAACUAAAACUAGUUUCUACAGCUGAUACUAAAUGAUCCGAACUACAUUUUUUCCCUCUUCAUCUUGAAUACACUAAUCUGCAGCAUUUGUAGAUAAGAAAAUCCUCGGUCCCAUGUGUAACUCUGUAACUUGUAAUCGUUGACCUUGCCGUGGUCCGGUAACCUUUGAUCUCAGUUACCUUUUGUUCUGCUUUCUCCUGCCCUUCCACUUGAAAUUCUGAAAAGGGCUGUCUAUUCACUUCAUAAUAAUUAAGAAAAUGUUUCUUAGCUAUAUUUUUUAAAUUAAUAGACAUUUUAAAUUUUUGCAGUGAAGAAAUUUGUGCUAGCCAAGAAAAGACAUUUAUUCUAUCAAGUUUGUGUAGUAUAUAAUAACUAUUUGUAUUAAAAUUAGGUAAGAUCUAGCACAGACCAGUUAUAAUUUUGUAAAUUUUACUGUUUACAUUUUCUAUAUUUUGAAUGAAAGAAUAUGUGGUUCAUCAUUCCUUUUAAUAAUAUACAUGGGGCGGCUCCUGUGGCUCAAGGAGUAGGGCGCCGGUCCCAUGUGCCAGAGGUAGUGGGUUCAAACCCAGCCCCGGCCAAAAAAAAAAAAAAUAAUAAUAUACAUGAACAUGUAACAUAGAAAUGUUAUUGUGCAUUAUUUUACUUUCCAAGGACAUACAGAUACUUUACAUUAUUUUAGAAUCUUUGGUUAACGUAGGAACAAAAUGUAGGGGAUUAGAAGUUGUUUUCAUUGGUGCCUAUGGCUCAGUGGGUAGGAUGCCAGCCCCAUAUACUGAGGGUGGCAGGUUCAAACCAGGCUCCAGCCAAACUGCAACAAAAAAUAGCUGGACGUUGUAGCAAGCGCCUAUAGCCCCAACUACUCAGGAGGCUGAGGUGAGAGAAUUGCUUAAGCCCAGGAGUUGGAGGUUGCUGUGAGCUGUGAUGCUACAGCACUCUACCGAGGGUGAUAAAGUGAGACUGUGUCUCUAAAAAAAAAAAAAUUUGUUUUUAUUAAACAUACCCAUAGAGAUGGGUUAAUGUUCUGUUUCAUUUUUUACCAAAACCAUGUGUGUCUCACUUUACAUCUUUGGGAUUCUUUGUUUUGUUUUGUUUUUUCCUUUUCAGACUGAGUCUCAUUAUGUUGCCAAGGGUGGUCUCAAACCACCUCUGCCUCCUGAAUAGCUGGGAUUACAGGUGUAUGCCAUAUCCUUGGUUUUUAAAGAAUUAGUUCAUGAAAUUAGUGUUAGUUCUUAAAUCUUUUAGGAAAUCCCUUUCCUGUUGAAUUAGAUUACUGUAAGAGGAAGGAAAAAAGAAGUUUUCUACAAGAAUAGUCUGAAAACAAAUUGGGUUAUCAAUUCUCAUAUUAUCUACUUGAUGAUUUAGAGCCUGUGCCAGUUUUUCUGAAUUAGUGAAUGUUGUGGAAUGGAUAUUUGUGCCUUGCCCUGUUGAAGCCCUAACUCCCAAUGUGAAUGGUAUUUGGAGAUGGAGCCUUUGGGAGGUAAUUGGGGUUAGAUAAAGUCAUGAGGGUGGGGCCUUCAUGAUGAGACCAGUAAGAAAGGAGCCACCAGGAAGCUUGCUCUCUCCAGGCCACCCUGUGAGGGCAGAGUGAGAGGGUGGCUGUCUACAAGCCAGAAGACAGCUAGCACCAGAAAGCGACCAUGCUGGCACCUUGAUCUUGAACUUCUAGCUUCCAAAACUAUGAGAAAAUAAAUUUCUGCUGUUUAAGCUACCCAGUUUAAGGUAUUUUGUUAUGGUAAAAGUGUGAUAUAAAAUAGCUAAUAAGAUAAGCUUUACUUUUUUUUUUUUUUUUUUUGGAGAGACCAAAGAGUUUCACUUUGUCACCCUCAGUAGAGUGUUGUGGCAAUCACAGCUCACAGUAACCUUCAGUUCUUGGACAUAGGCGAUUUUCUUGCCUCAGCCUCCUGAGUAGCUGGGGCUACACGCGCCCAUCACAAUGCCCAACUAUUUUUUGUUGCAGUUUGGCUGGGGCUGGGUUUGAACCCACCAACCUCUGUAUAUGGGGCUGGUGGCCUACUCACUGAGCCACAGGCACUGCCCAAUAAUAAGAUAAACUUUUCAAAGGCAAGAGAGAUAAACAGAGGGCGGUGCCUGUGGCUCAAGGAGUAGGGCGCUGGUCCCAUAUGCCAGAGGUGGUGGGUUCAAACCCAGCCCUGGCCAAAAAAAAAAAAAAAAAAAAAAAGAGAGAUAAACAAGAAGUUGAAAGAAGAAAGGAGUCAAUAAGAGGUAGUAUUCUGUUUUUGAAAACUCCUCUGACCUGAUUUAAAGGAGUAUUUUUUAGGAGUGGAAACCAAAUAAUAUUUAUAAUAACCAAAAAGGUGAAGAAAUUAAAUUAACAUCCUAAGUAGCUGCUGAAAAUUCCUUUGUGUCUCAUAAUUUCUUUAGGUCUAACAUACUUAAAAUUUUUAUUAUCACACACACAAAAAAAUCCUAUUUUUUCUAUAUCCUUCCUGUACUAUUCUAUUUUAGAACUUAGGAAUCAAUAACUGACUUGAUAAUGGGCUCCUUGUCUUAAUUUUUGCUUUAUUGACUCACAAUACAUUUACUGAAAUGUAAUAAACUAUUCAUAAACUUGCAAACUCCAGUUUUCUCAGAGGUUCUCCAAAGAAGUACAUUUGACUUUCAAAAAGAUUUUGUUGCCUUUUUAAAUCAGUUUGAUUUUAUGUCUAAGUGAAAUGCUGACUCAUAGGCCUAGAUUGCUGUUUUAUGGUUCAAUACUCCUUAAAACAUUUGCUUGCGGUGCUUAUGGAGAAUAGCAAUUUCAAGUACUUGAAGAGUUAUUAAGCAGAAGGUGAUGACCAACUUUGAUUAAUUUCCAGGAAGGCUUCAAGAAGUUAAAAGGCAAGAAAAUAGUGGAUAUGAAAAUAACUAUACCUUGGCUUUCAUUAGCUCUUUUUGUCCACGCUGCUCAAAGAACCUUCAAAAUUUUAUCUUCACUAUGUAUAUAUAUAGAGAGAUUACUUUAUAUAUGACUAUUUUACAGUAUAUAUAAUGAUUAUUUUUAUAUAUGCUAUUAUAUAUAUGUACACACACAUAUAUAAUGACAAUAGUGCUGUGGAAAGACAAUGCUUAAAUAAUUUUCCCAAAGUUGGGUGGCGCCUGUGGCUCAGUGAGUAGGGUGCCGGCCCCAUAUACCGAGGGUGGCGGGUUCAAACCCAGCCCCGGCUGAACUGCAACCAAAAAAUAGCCGGGCGUUGUGGCAGGUACCUGUAAUCCCAGCUGCUCGGGAGGCUGAGGCAGGAGAAUCGCAGAAGCCCAAGAGCUAGAGGUUGCUGUGAGUCCUGUGACAUCAUGGCACUCUACUGAAGGCGGUAAAGUGAGGCUGUGUCUCUACAAAAAAAAAAUAAUAAUAAUAAUUUUCCCAAAGUCAUACAAUAGGGAGGAAUAAUUUCCAUCUUUUGGGAAAUUAACUCUCUUGUAAGAGUUGUUAAAAUAGAAGUAAUUUCCAUCUUCUUGGAAUCAACUCUUUUGUACUGAGAGCUGUUAAAAUAGAAAUUGAUUUUGAUAAAAGCUUAGCAUCUCUGAGUGUGGAUCACUUGAGAAAAAAUAGCCAAUAAACUGGUUUAUUUACUAUAUUAAGUGCAGACAGAUUUGUACCUAAUUUAGGUGACUUUUUCUGUUUUUCUAAAAUUUUAGAAUAUUUCAAAUAGAGUAUCUAAACAAGGUACUAUUUUUGUCAAUUUAGAAACCUGGAUUCAAUUAUAGGGUAUGCUAUAAAACCCACUGUGGGGAGGGAGUUAAAAACCUACCUAUCAAGUUCAAGGAACACUGUUCAGAUGAUGGGCACACUAAAAGGCCUGACUUAAGCCUUGUAAAAGGUAUCCAUGUAACAAAAUCCAUGUAUUCCCUUAAUAUUUUGAAAUUUUAAAAACCACAGUGGGUUGGGCAUGGUGGCUCACUCCUGUAAUCCUAGCACUGUGAGAGGCCAAAGCUAGAGGAUCCCUUAAACUCAAGAGUUCAAGACAAGCCUGAACAAGAGCCAGACCCCAUUUGUACUAGAAAUAGAAAAAGUAGCCGGGUGUUGUGGUGGGUGCCUGUAGUUCCAGCUACUUGGAAGACUGAAGCAGGAGGAUCGCUUGAACCCAGGAGUUUAAGGUUGCUGUGAGAUAGGCUGACACCACAGUACUCUAGCCUGGGCAACAGGGUGAGACUCUGUCUCAAAAAAACAAAACAGCCCAAGGAGUAGGGCGCUGGCCCCAUAUACUAGAGCUGGUGGGUUCAAACCUGGCCCCGGCCAAAAAACUGAAAAACAAAACAAAAAAACCUACAAUGGAUAUGGUUUAUACCUUGAAUACUUUUAUAUAAAGUAAAAUGAAAUAUGCUUUUACCAAUCCUUUAUUCAUGUUAUUAAAGAAGGCAUAUCAUUUAUGGAUGAUAUCUAUAGUAAUAAUAAUUUGUUGACUCUGUAGUGAAAGAACUAAAUUCAUCAAAGAUCAAGAUUAAAUAUUA